UUCCCUUCAAAAGGGAGACCCCUGAGCCUUGGAGCAGCAGUAGCAGCAGCAGAGCUUCGGCUGGCAUUGAAGCAGGUUAUUAUUUUCUCCCAUUGAGAAGGAACAGAGCAUCUGUCGCCAGACAUGGCAUCCGAGGAAUGUUCCCUCUUGCCGCCACCGCAGAGCGAGAAGUUGUACAGCGGGCGCCUGGUGGGCACCAUCGACCCCGUGCUGGAAGCCCUCAACUCCUCCAUCGAGAUCGACCAGCGCCUCUCCGAGGUGGACGUCCAGUCCAGCAUCGCCUACGCCAAAGCCCUCGAGAAGGCCGGCAUCAUCUCCAAGUCUGAGCUAGAGAAGAUCCUCAGCGGGCUCGAGAAGAUCCUGGAGGAGAUCUCGAAGGGCGAGCUGGUGAUCGUGAAGACCGAUGAAGACAUCCACACCACCGUUGAACGCCGGCUCAAGGAGCUGAUCGGAGAUGUGGCAGGGAAAUUGAACACCGGACGGAGCAGAAAUGAUCAAGUGGUGAACGACCUGAGGUUGUUGCUGAAGAGCUCCAUCACUUUGCUGAUCUCGCUGGUGCAGCAACUCACCCGGACCCUCAUUGAGCGCGCCUCCACGGAAAUCGAGAUCAUCAUCCCGGGCUUCACACACUUGCAGAAGGCGCAGCCCAUCCGACUCAGCCAGCUCUUACUCAGCCAUGCCGUGGCCUUGACCCGCGACUCUGAGCGCCUCCUCGAGGUCAAGAAGAGAACCAACGUCUUGACUCUGGGAAGUGGAGCCAUUGCCGGAAACCCCCUUGGGCUGGACAGGGAACUCCUCCGCAAAGAGCUGGACUUGGGUGCCAUCAGCAUCAACAGCAUCGAUGCCGUCGGGGACCGGGACUUUGUGGUCGAGCUGCUCUCCACUUCCUCCCUGAUCAUGAUCCACUUGAGCCGGUUAGCCGAGGAUCUCCUGCUGGCCUCCACAAAGGAGCUGGGACUCAUCAGCCUCCCCGAUUCACUCUGCACCGGGAGCAGCCUGAUGCCCCAGAAGAAGAACCCAGACAGCCUGGAGAUCAUCCGCAGCAAGACCGGCCUGGUCAUUGGACGGACUGUGCAGCUCCUGGUGGUGCUCAAGGCCCUGCCCAGCGCCUACAGCAAGGACUUGCAGGAGGACAAGGAGCCGGUCCUGGACGUGGUGGACACGGUGAGCGCCGUCCUGCAGCUGGCCAACGUAGUGAUCUCCUCGCUCACGAUCAACAAGGAGGCCAUAGAGAAGUCCUUGACCCCAGAGCUGCUGGCUACUGACCUGGCCAACCUCUUGGUUCGCAAAGGGGUGCCCUUCCGUCAAGCCCACACCAUUGUGGGGAAGGCCAUCCAGCUGGCCGAGAGCAAAGGCAUCACCCUCACCCAGCUCUCCUCCGAGGAGCUCAAGAGCAUCAGCCCUCUCCUGAGCAGCGAGAUCUCUCAGCUCCCAAGCCCGCAGAGCAGCGUGGAGCUGAACACCUCAAUUGGGGGGACGGCCAAGAGCAGUAUCCUGACCCAGAUCGAGACCCUUAAGGAGAUCCUCAAGAAGCAGAAGGAAUGAGCGGUGCAGGGGCCGACCCUGGAGGGGCACAGCCAGCAGGGGCCCCAAGCCGCCCCCUCUGCGUCCCAGCAGCAGCAGCGCGUUUGUUGACCCUGAGUUAAUAAUCAAUAAAUACCGUGGUGUGUUGGAUUUCGCUCAGAAAA